AAUUGCUGCACUCUGCAAUGGAACCUCUGGGAGCAACAACUGUUUUCCUGGUGAUUUGUGUCUCUUGCCUUCUUUUCCUUUCGGCAUGGAGAAAGAUGUCUGGAAGUGGGAAGCUGCCUCCUGGCCCUGUUGCUUUUCCCAUCAUAGGGAACAUGCUGCAGCUGAAAACAAAGAACUUGCCCCAACGUGUAGAGGAGGUAAGUUCAGGUAUUGUUUUCAGCAACGGGGAGCGGUGGAAGCAGCUCCGCCGAUUUGCCCUCACUAAUCUGAGAAAUUUUGGGAUGGGGAAGAAAAGCAUUGAGGAGCGUAUCCAGGAGGAAACCCGUUUUCUGGUGGAAAGACUCAGAAACACACAUGGGCGGCCCUUUGACCCCACCCUCUUCCUCAACCAUUCUGUCUCCAAUGUCAUCUGCUCCAUUGUCUUUGGGAACCGGUUUGACUAUGAAGAUAAGAAGUUUGUGACUUUAAUAAAUCUCAUAGAGGAGAAUGGCAAGCUCCAGUGCUCUUCCUGGACAGCGGUAUGUUCAGGGCUGUACAAUUUUUUCCCGACUCUCAUGGAUUACAUGCCCGGGCCUCACCAGGGGAUAUUUAAAAAUUCUCUGGAGUUCAGAAAAUUUGUUCUGGAGAGAGUGAAGAUGCACAAAGAGUCUCUGGAUGCCAAUUGUCCUCGAGACUUCAUCGAUGCUUUCCUCAUCAAAAUGGAAGAGGAGCAAAAGAAUGUCCAGGCAGAAUUUAAUGUGGAAGGUUUGGUAUGUAGCACGAUAGAAUUAUUUCCCGCGGGAACAGAGUCAACCAGCACCACCCUGAAAUAUGGACUCCUUAUUCUUCUGAAGUACCCAGAAAUAGAAGAGAAAGUUCACGAAGAGAUUGACCGUGUGAUUGGCCAAAGUCGAAGCCCCUGCAUGGCGGAUCGAAGCCAGAUGCCCUACACAGAUGCUGUGAUACAUGAAAUCCAGAGAUUCAUUGCUCUUGUCCCAUUAGGUGUCCCACGUGCUGUGACACGAGAUGUUCAUCUCAAACAAUAUGUUAUUCCCAAGGGCACCAUGAUAUUCCCUGUACUGAAGUCAGUUCUAUAUGACAGCAGGGAAUUCCCAAACCCAGAUCAAUUUAACCCGGGACAUUUCUUGGACGAAAAUGGUGCCUUUAAGAAGAGUGACUACUUCGUGCCUUUUUCUGCAGGGAAGCGGAUUUGCGUGGGAGAGGGUCUGGCUCGGAUGGAGCUAUUUUUGGUACUGACAAUGAUUUUGCAGAACUUUACCUUGAAACCUGUCGUUGACCCCAAAGACAUUGAUAUAACUCCAGAGUCGAGUUUUGUGUCAAAUGCACCAAAAUCAUACCAGUUCUGUGUUCUUCCUCGAUAA